AUGUAAAACAAACCUUGUGAUUGGAUUUGUGCUGAAUGCAGAAACCUAAAUUAUUCAUUUCGAAAAUUUUGUAACAGAUGUCAAUAAUCCACAAGAGAUGCUCCUGGAACAAGAUUUAUUCCAAAUAAAAAGGAUUAAGGACUAUAAAUAUUCGAAACUAUAAAGCUUUAAGAAUAAAACUUAACUGGAAGCAGUCAUAGCUCAGUGGAAAGCAAUGAUGAUGAAGAUGUUGUUUUUUCAUAAGCAUUAUUUCUUGAAGAUUUAUCCAAAAAAACAGAAAGUUUGAAUAAAUCCUUCUCCUUCUUAAAGAAAUGCUCAGUUUGCUAAUGCUAGAAUUACUUCUACUAACAAAAAUGUGGUCAAUGUGGAUUCUCCUAAUUUGUAUGAUUAAACGAUUUCAAACCUGAUUUUGAGUCUAUUAAUAUAUCAAAGUCUUUAUCUCAAAUUUCUAUA